GAAGAGAGGUGUGAGGCACCGCCCUUUGACUACCUGAGCGCAGGUUGUGGGUUCCCAUGGCAACAGGGAAGAGGGUUAGUUAUGAAGACGCCUCCUUGUCCCCUCAGCUGCUAAAAUUGUUAUCUUCGCUCAAGAGGGUUUUUUGGGGGUGCAACUGGGCCAUGGCUUCUUGAGUUAGAGCUACAAAAUGAAUAAUUGGAAGGAAGUGGACAUGUUUGGAAGAUGAUUGAUUGCUGGGGAUACUGUGGAGCUGAAAUUGUACGGCUUGGUUUCUAGGGCAACAGGUUUCUCUGCAGCUGUUCAGAAAAGAAUGAAGCCAUGCGUAAGGGAGAAGUCUAUAAUCUGUUGGAUGCUGCUUGUGAAUAAGCUAAAAUGACUGUGAAAUUGCUCUCUCUUCUGCCUGUGCCAUCUGUGCUCUUGGCUUUCUGCCUUGCCACAAGGAGUGAGCAGGAAAGGACAGCAGCUUUACAAGAAUUCUUUUCGCUGACGGUUUCAUCUAAUUUAUCGUGUGUGGACCCAGAUCACUUCUAUGAUCACACCAUUUGGACCCAGCAAGAACAGGUUAAUCAUUUGUUCUGCCCUUUGGAUAACCAGAGCCUUCAGCUUCUUCAGUCUACCUCAAACUUUAGCAUCCAGUGGAGCAAAAACUGUCAUCUGCUUAACUUCACUGCGUUAAGCCACCUGCACAGCACACUGCAGAACACAACAACAUACCUCACCUUUGAGCACGCCAAUGUCAGCGAUGCAGGCAACUAUACCUGCACGCUCUACUUGAACGAUCAGAGAAACAGCUCCUUCACUGUCCGGCUGGUCAUGGCAGAUAUUUGCAGUGUCCUUCCUCGUUUCCUUUACCCCUCCAGCAAUCUGACUUUGCAACGUGAUUUGGGAAGCCAGUUUACACUGAACUGCACUGUGCAGCUGCCCUACACGAAAAGCUGUGAUUUUGGCCUCCACUGGAUGAAAGAUGACCAGUUGCUAGACAACGAGACCUAUGCUGCUUCUACUCAUUGGUUCAAUGACAAUAAAUCAGAGAUAUUCAUCUCCAGCACUUUGGAUAUGAAUGUAACAACAGAUGAAAAUUAUGGAGCAUUUGCCUGCUGGGUUAGAAACAGUACAGCAGUUUUCACACUGCAAAAAUCAGCAGAGACUGCUGGGCACCUGGGCGCUGUGCUAGCUGCACUUGUCACUGUGGCACUGCUGUUACUAAUGGCUGUGAUGUAUGUGAAGUGCCGUCUGAAUGUGCUCCUCUGGUACAGAAACCGUCAUGGAGAGGUGGAGAUCAAUGAUGGAAAGCUGUAUGAUGCCUAUGUGUCUUAUUCUAACUCAACGGAUGAUAGAAAGUUUGUCAACUUCAUAGUGAAGCCACAGCUGGAGAAUCGUCACGGCUACAAGAUUUUCCUGGAUGAUAAAGACAUCCUGCCCAAUUCAGAACCUUCUGCAGAUCUGAUUAUGAAUGUUAGCCGGUGCCGCCGCCUCAUUGUGGUUCUCUCUAAUGCAUAUCUGGAACAGGAAUGGUGCAACAAUAAUUUCAGGGAAGGUCUUUGGAGGCUGCUGGAAUUAUCCCGGAGGCCAAUCUUCAUUGUCUUUGAGAGCCAGUACCGAGAAAUAGCACAUCCAGCCAUAAAUUUGCUUAAGCAGCAGAAGAGCACAGUGACCCUUCUGAUGUGGCGUGCUGGGUCCAUGGCCCCUUCAUCUGAUUUUUGGAAGGAACUGUGCCUCGCCCUGCCGCGAAAAGUGUCCUAUCAAGGCCUCAGGGGAGACCCCCAGACCAGUUUCCAGGAAGACAAGGACCCUAUGCUGAUCCUCAACAGCAAUUACUUGGAUUUCCGGGGGGAUUCGCACCCUGAAGGAGACUCUGGUGGCAGGGGGUCCAUUUUCAAAGGCGCACCACCUCCUCCCAUGAGUGGCCCUGAUGGUCCUCCACUUGGUGCUUUGGAAGAAAUACAGCUUGGGGAAAACCAAAGGAGUGAGAUUGACAUCUCUGAUUUGGGAUCUCGGAACUAUGGAGCAAGGACAGAUUUCUACUGCCUGGUGACAGAGGAUGAUAUCUAAGAGAUGCUGGAAUUUUCCUUGGUGAAACUGAUUAUCACGAUGUGCCUUGACAAUGACAAUUGGCUUGGGUAGUUUCUUUGAUCCAUAACAACCAAAUUGAGUGCUGUAGGGCUCUGUCCUGGGCCCCACACUCUUCAUAAUAUUAAUUACUUAGCAGAAGGGGUGGAGGGGAAUCCUUAGCACAUCUAUGGAGGACAUUUAAAUGGGAGGGAUCACUAACACCUCAGAAGACAGGAAUAAAAUUCAACAUGAUCUCAGUGGGUUGGAAACUAGGCUGAUUAACACAUGAAGUUCAACAGAGACCAAUGCAAAAUUCAAAUGCACAGGUUUGGGUGGUGGGAAUACCUAGGUUGGCAUGGCAAUAGUAUACGUGAGAAGGAUUUUAGCAUUGUGUUUGAUCACAAGCUGACUAUGUAUGAGUCAGUGGUGUUAGAUGACUGCAAAAACAGACUAAUAAGAUUUUUUUGCAGCAUUAAUAGAACCAUGGUUUCCAAGUCACCAGAAGUGGAACUGUGGCAGUGGACCCAGUUACCUAGAGGGCAGGUGGUUUCCUGCUCUGGAAGCCUACACGAAGAGGCUGGACCUGAAUUGCUAUAAUCCACAAUAUGGAUAUCUAACCUGAGUUCAUGUGGGCCCCCACCUAACUUUGUCUCAUCCCCCAACACCUCAGCACUUUGGUGGCAGCAGCAAGAAGAAACAAAAUCAAAA